AUGAGUUCUUCCGAUGAUGAUGUGCCCCUUGUUGGGAAGAGGCAGGCCAACGGGGUCUCGCGAGCCGCGUAUCCAUCUGAGGAGCUAGUUUCCAAGACGACUGAUCCCUCAUCUACGAACUCCCCCACCCCGAAUGAAACAACCAAACCCGGUGUUUCCAUCCGUUACGGCCCAAUAGACGAUGAGGACGUGGAAAUGCCAGACGCAGAAGUGAAUGGCGCUGCACAAACCAAACGGAAAUCAAGAGCCAGUGCUGCAAACAUAUCCUAUGCGGAAGCCGAGAGUAGCGAAGAGGAUGAUAAGCCACUGAGCAAGCGUCGCCGUACUUCUACAAAGCGACAAGUACCAGAUUCCGACUCUGAUGAUGCGCCUUUACUUUCGCGUCCUAGGAGAGCCCAGAAGCUUCCUGCGCCAACUGCAGCCGAAGGAGAGGAACUCGCCGCUGAGAAGGCUGAGAUUGAACACCGUGCGGAAUCGGAAGCAAAGGCUAUCCGAAAACAUGAGCGUGAGGAUGCAGCUAAAAAGAAAUCUAUCGCCAGAGUCGCAAAGGCCGAACAAACGAGUCAAGCGACCAAACAAAAGCCAACCAGCAAAAGAGCACAGGCAAAUGGUGUUAAAAAGGAGGAACCCAGUGACGACGACGUUCCCCUUCGCCGAAAGACGGUCACCAAAAAGGCUCCGCAGGCCGCAAGAUCAAAAUCAACGGCUGCAAUCAAAGGAGGAACUAAACCAAAAAAGGAGGAAAGCGAAGAGGCUGAAGCUGAAGCAGAGGAAGAGGAAGAGUACCGUUGGUGGGAAGAUCCCGCAAAGGGAGAUGGUACGAUCAAAUGGACCACGCUUGAACAUAAUGGUGUGGUAUUCCCGCCUCCGUACGAACCGCUUCCCAAGAAUGUGAAAAUGAAGUAUGAUGGAGUUCCGAUUACUUUGUCCUUGGAGGCUGAAGAAGUUGCCGGGUUUUUUGGCAGUAUGCUCAACUCAACCCACAACGUUGAAAAUCCAACGUUUCAGAAGAAUUUCUUCGAAGAUUUCACAGCCAUCAUCAAGAAAACUGGGGGCGCCAAAAACCCUCAGGGAAACGCAGUUCCAAUCAAGGAUUUCAAAAAAUGCGACUUCCAACCUAUAUUUGAAUACUACGAGAUGAAGCGCCUGGAAAAGAAAGCCCUACCAGCGGCAGAGAGAAAACGCCUGAAAGCAGAGAAGGAUGCCGCUGAAGCCCCGUAUAUGUAUUGCAUGUGGGAUGGCCGAAAACAAAAAGUCGGGAAUUUCCGUGUCGAACCCCCAGCGUUGUUUCGUGGUCGUGGAGAACAUCCAAAAACGGGACGUGUUAAAACACGCGUCCAGCCCGAACAGAUUACUAUCAAUAUCGGGAAAGGCGCCGCCGUCCCUCCACCACCUCCCGGUCACAAGUGGAAAGAAGUAAAGCAUGACCAGGAAGGGACAUGGUUGGCGAUGUGGCAGGAAAAUAUUAAUGGAAAUUACAAAUAUGUUAUGCUUGCGGCGAAUUCAGAUAUCAAGGGCCAAAGUGACUACAAAAAGUUCGAAAAAGCGCGUGAGCUCAAGAAACAUAUUGAUCGAAUUCGCAAAGACUAUCGGAAAGGUCUCAAGGAUGAGCUUACGGCAAACCGUCAAAGAGCAACAGCUGUCUACCUUAUUGAUCAAUUUGCUCUUCGAGCCGGUAAUGAGAAAGGAGAGGAUGAGGCCGACACAGUGGGAUGUUGCUCACUGAAAUACGAACACGUCACAUUGAAGCCGCCGAACAAAGUCAUCUUUGACUUUUUAGGUAAGGAUAGUAUCCGAUUUUACGACGAGGUGGAAGUCGACCAUCAGGUCUUUAAAAACCUAAAGUUUUUCAAGAAGGCCCCCAAAGGUGAGGGAGACGAGAUAUUCGAUCGACUCACGGUUUUCCGUACAUAUAAUGCUUCUUACACUAUGGCUACUCUCUUGAAGCAAAUGCAGGCGACUGGGACUGUCCAUGAGAAAGUGAAGCAGUACAAUGAUGCCAAUCGCAAAGUUGCCAUUCUUUGCAACCAUAAACGCACGGUAGCAGCCGGCCAUGCGAACCAAAUGGAAAAGUUGAGUGAACGCAUCAAAGGCCUUUCGUAUCAAAAAUGGCGUAUCAAGCAGAUGAUGAUUGACCUUGAUCCGAAAAUCAAAAAGAAGAAAGGUCCAGAGUUUUUCCAGCUGGAUUCUGACCUUGACGAAGAAUGGGUCAAACAGCAUCAAGCUUUCCUUGUUGAAGAGCAGCGUCAAAAAAUUCAAAAGAAAUUCGAAAAAGAAAACGAAAAGCUCCGCGCUGAAGGAGAAAAGGAAAUGAAGGCAAAAGAGCUGGAACAGCGACUUGAAGCUGCUAAGGAACUUGAGGCAAAAUUCAAGAAAGAAAACAAGACGAAAAAAGUUGAAGUCGAGGGCAAGGGGAUGACGAUCGAAAAGCUUGAGAAUAAUCUGGCCAAACUUGAUCAGAGAAUUGAAACCAUGUCGUUGCAAGCCCAGGAUAAGGAAGAAAAUAAAGAGGUUGCAUUGGGAACAUCUAAGAUCAAUUAUAUCGAUCCCCGCCUAACGGUAGUGUUUUCGAAGAAGUUUGACGUGCCCAUUGAGAAAUUCUUCUCAAAGACUUUGAGGGAGAAAUUCGAUUGGGCUAUUAAAUCAGUUGAUGAGGAUUGGGAGUUCUGA